AUGGAAUGGCAGGAGGAAAAAAAGGCGCUGCUCGCGACGAUCCAGCGACACGAGCAAGCGGCAGCAGCGCUUGCUAGACGCUUCAAGCUACUGCAACAGACGCUGCAGGCGCAGCAGGAAGUGCUGGAUCAGUAUGAGCACGCGCUCGGUGUCGCUAGAGCAUGUAACGCGACGCGCCCUGCUGAAGUAGCAGCAGCUGCGGCCGCGAUUGGCAAUAGGGGGGUACGAAGUCCCCUCAUUAAACGUACUGACGUUGCCAAAUCGUCCUUAGGAGCAGCUCCUGAGCCAAUGAUCUCGACGAUAACAGAGGAUGAAAGCACAGAAACGGAGAAAAAAAGUGCUUUUUAA